AUGUUCAACAUUUCUCUAAUAAGUGUUAUUUUAAUAUACUCUGGUAUUCAAACCGAGGAAUUUGAAAAUACUUUCAAGAGAGCAAUGAGCUUGCUUGAGGCAGUCAAAGGAAAAGCAUCAAUGUCUGCAGUGUGUGCGUGGGCGAUCAAAACUCUGAACCAUAUGCGUUGUUUGAGAAUGCAAAAGGCAGCUAAUACUUUGGCCCAAAUUGGAACUGAUCACGGCCCAAGAACAGUGAAUGAACAUCGGUUCUUACAAUUUGAUCAUGUUGGACGAGGAUUCAAUGAUGAUAACAUUGUCAGCUCCCCAACUGGUAGCUUGUCAGGGAUUAAAUCAUCCAGCAUGUUAGACAACGAAAUUGAUUCCUAUGCAUUUCUAAACUGGUUUCAUCCUUGGUUGGAGGAAGCGUUUUGA